AUGUGGUACAAUCGCUUAAGUGAAUACUUGUUGAGUAAAGGUUACGUCAACAAUGCGAUUUGUCCAUGCGUGUUCAUAAAGAAAUCCUCAACGGGUUUUGUGAUCAUUGCUGUGUAUGUUGAUGACCUGAACAUGAUUGGAACUCAAAAGGAGAUUGAUGAUGCAAGAACUCAUAUGAAAGAUGAGUUUGAAAUGAAAGAUCUUGGAAAGACAAAGUUUUGUCUUGGGCUCCAGAUAGAGCAUUUCCAAGAUGGAAUAUUUUUGCAUCAAUCAAAUUACACCAAAAGGGUAUUAAAGCGCUUUUAUAUGGAUAAAGCGACUCCUUUGAGUAGUCCAAUGGUCAAUAGAUCGCUUGAUGUUAACAAGGAUCCAUUUCGACCUAUUGAAGAUUCUGAAGAAAUGUUAGGUCCUGAAGUACCUUACAUGAGCGCCAUCGGGGCACUUAUGUAUCUUGCAAAUUGCACUAGACCAGAUAUAGCUUUUGCUACUAAUCUGCUUGCAAGAUACAGCUCAUCGCCUACCAGAAGACAUUGGAACGGAAUAAAACAUAUAUUCCGUUAUCUUCAAGGUACGAUUGAGUUUGGAUUAUAUUAUUCAAGAAACCCCGAGGUUGGUUUAGUUGGUUUUGCAGAUGCUGGCUACUUGUCUGAUCCGCAUAAGCUCGAUCGCAAACCGGUUAUGUUUUCACAUACGGUGGAACCGCGAUCUCUGGCGUUCCCAAAAACAAACUUUGGUUGCAACGUCUUCAAAUUAUGCGGAAAUCAUUGCUCUCCAUGA